GUUGAAUCCUCGAAGAAGAAGCCCAAAACCUUCAAUUGGCAAGAACAGCGCAGAUUGGAUAGAGAACGGAAGCAAUUCGAAGAAGAUGAACAGACGUUAGCCAGAAUAGAGGCUCCAAUUCCACAAUCGAACAUUGGGUUUAAAUUGUUGAAGCAAAUGGGGUACACCCCUGGCGCAGCUUUGGGCAAGGGGGGAUCAGGUCUGGCAGAACCAGUGGGACUUGAGAUUCGACGGUCACGAGCUGGAAUUGGCAGGGAAGAUCCGAUCAAAGAGAAGAAGAAGCAAGAAGAGUUUAGAGCUCAGACAAAGAGGAGCCAUCAGGAGGCUUUAAUGGAGGAAUUUGGGUCUCGACAGAAGUUGCAGUGGCGAAGUCGAAGAAUUGUGGUCAAUUACAAGAAGGCGAAGGCUGCACUUGAUCAAUUGGAGAAUAAGGAAAUUGUGGAGCCUGAGAAGAAGGACAAUGAAGAGGAAGAAGAUCAGGAAGAAGAAGAGGAAGAGAUUAUAACAGAAGAGGAUUUGGAGGAUGUAUUGAUGAAACUGAGAGAUGAACAUCGAUAUUGCGUUUUCUGUGGAUACCAGUACGACUCGAUGGAGUUGCUCAUAUCUAACUGUCCAGGAAUUAGUGAAGAUGAUCACUGAUCACUGAACUCUGAACUAUACCUUUUGCUCCAAACACUUCCAUGGAGAUGGGCUUUGUUGCAAGUCUCCCCUUCAGAUCAAGGGUUGUAUUUGUAUCAUGUGCUUCAAUACUCUCAACACGAAUGGAGUAGUCUCUCAUACAGGAGUCCAGUCCGAAGUUGCUGUUCGAAACAACAAUUUUUCGCUUCUGGGAAUCAUCUAACCUUGACAAUGGAUGGCCAGAGGUACACUUACAGAUCUCUAAAGUUUUCACAUUGAGCUAUACGAGUAGUGCAGAACACCCCAUUGACGGUCUGCUAACUGCUUUAUAUUGUACUUGGCCAAGCUUCAUCCUACUGUGUGCCCUUUUGAGUACAAAUUAUGAGAGAAUUUGGAAUCAUA